GAACGAUGUAUCGUUCAUCGAUUAUGUUUCUAAAAUAUCAAUGACUAAGCUCAUGCGUGAUCGAUUCGCGUUCCCCAUUGCAUUUCAGAAACAUGGCUGCUUCCGCCAAGAAAGGGAAGAAAUCCAAGGGAAAAGUUGUGUCGUUGAGUGAAUUCCUCUCUGAAGACCAUGGAGGUUCCAGGUCUGGAGAAGCUGUCGUUAUGGCACCGUCGAAAAGCAGCUGGGCUGAUGAAAUGGAAGAUGAGGCAAUUUACAAGGAGAAGCUGUUGUUGCCCACUGCACCACGAGCGGCCAGAGGAUCAGACAUUGACGAGUCUAGGAUACCCAACAACGCCCCUUACACAGCUUAUAUAGCCAAUCUACCUUACGAUAUUGAAGUGGAGGAUGUAUCCAAGUUCUUCCAUGGACUUUCUGUCAAAUCUGUCCGUUUGCCAAGAGAAGGUGGAGAUGGUGGCAGAUUGAGAGGCUUUGGUUAUGCUGAAUUUGAGACAAGGCAAGAUUUGGUUGAUGCCCUAACAAUGAACGAAUUGAUGAUUAAAAACCGAAAAAUCCGCGUAGACAUUGCUAGUGGUGCGGAUGGUGAACAAGAGCAGGGCGCUGGAGGUAUGGGAAGAGGCCGUGGCCGUCCUUCACGCAAUGACGAGGAAAGGGAAGAUCGGACUCCAUCUGAUUGGCGAAACGCACCACGAGAGGCACCUCCGCCAGGCCAAGAUCGUGGAGGCUUUAGGGGAGGUGAUCGAGGUGGAGACAGGAUGGAUCGAGAACCUGCGGGCGAACGGUAUUCGUCUUCAUUCAAUCCGAGGGAACGUGCACCUGGUUCAGGUCUUUCAUCUGAAAGGAGUUCGUUUGGUCCAAGGAGAGACGGUCCGUCCAGUUCGUUCGGUGGUCGCGAUGGUCCGUCAAGCUCAUACGGCGGACGUGACCGUGAUGGUCCAUCCUCAUAUGGCCGUGAUCGUGAUGGUCCUUCCUCAUACGGCCGAGAUCGUGAUGGUCCGUCCUCAUAUGGCCGGGAUCGUGAUGGUCCAUCCUCGUAUGGGCGAGACAGAGACGGCCCAUCAUCGUUUAGUCGCGGACGGGACGGUCCUUCCUCUUUUGGUCGUGAUAGAGAGGGUGCCUCUUUCAACAGAGAUGAAAUGAGGAGUGAACGCCCAAGCGCUGGAGAACCGGCCAAGGAAAGGCCAAAGUUAUCCCUGAAACCUCGUACAGUCCCGUUAGAGGAAGGUAGUGGUCCCGAGGCCGCAUCAGCGGUUGCGGCACCCGUUGAGCGACCAGAAACUGCUGCUGCCACUUCAGCGUCCAUUUUCGGUGCAGCCAAACCAGUCGAUACAGCGGCCCGCGAGCGCGCAAUCGAAGAACGGCUCAAAGAAAAGCAAAUGAAGGAACGGGAACCUCCUAUUCGCGGACGAGAAACUGAUCGCCAGGAUGACAGAAAUCAACGUGAUGGAUCCCAUUGCAGUGGUGGCCGUUCUUCGGAACGUCCCAGCGGAGGGCGCGGGCGCUCUAGCGAGGGAGAAAAAACAGAUGAUCGGCGUGACUAUCGUACCGAAGGCGAUCAAGACCACCGACGUCCACGCGAUGGACCUGGUUACUCAGGAGAUUCAAGGCCAGCCCCUAGAGAUGGUGAUUACCGACCACCACAAAGGUCGACAGCCAAUCCGAAUGAAUACCGGCCACCAGUUGGAGGCAGGGGAAGCAGCGGAGGUGGAAGCAAUGAGUACCGUCCUCCUCGAACAGGUGGAGGUGUAGGUCGUGAUAGCGAUCGUGAUUAUCGUGGACCAGCUCCUGCCAGAGAUGGCGAUUAUCGACCACCGAGAGGCGACGAUUCACGAAGAGAGAAUGGUUUAUCGCGCGGCGGAGGAGGAGGAGGAUCUGGAGCUUAUCGUCCUCCAAACGGAUCGUCCCGUGGAUCUGGUCCUAAUGAGAGUAGCAGGACGCGUAGCCGAGAUGAUCAUGAAGGAGAUAGACGCCAUGCUGCUUCCUAUGGUAAUGAAUCCGACGAAGCUAGCCGUCUUCGAAGAUUGGAAGAGCCCAAGGCACCCGUAUUUGAAAAUCGAAACAAGUUUGCCUUCCUGAGGGCGGAAGAUGAAGGUGCUGAAUCAGAUAGCCGAGAUGAUUAAUUAAAGAAAACAAAAACAAAAGAUCAGUUGAAUGACUACACCAGAAAAAAAAACGCAAAACAACUAGAAUAACGACGCAAUUUUUUAGCACUAUUUUUGUAAUUCUUCUUACAAUCUCCCCCCUUCUCUAUUUUCCGGGAGCGCUUUUCUUUCUCUCGUCUCCUGUCAAGCGCAGGCAGUUUUCAAAUGUCUUCUCCCACCUGGCGUUUGAAAACUGAAAUCUUUAUCGAAUGUGUCUUUCCCUCGUCCCGAUUAGACAACGGAAUUGGGGAGAGGGAAAAUUAAAAGAUUUUUUUUUUCUUUUUUGGGAUAGAAAAAAAUGACAAGAGAAUAAAAACAAGAAGGAACCAAUUUUUAUUUGGGAGGGGGUGGAUUAUUAAUUUCAUUUUGUGAGUUGUUGACAUUUACUCGAAAACGAGAAAGAAAAGAAAGUCGUGUGAAAACGGUAAGUUGAAUUGUUUGUAUGUUUUCUAAAAAUGAGAAGAAAUUAAAGAAAAGCAAAUUUUUUUGUUCUGUGAGAAAACCAAACAAAAGAGAUCCAAAAUGGUGACGACGUGUUUCGAGAUAAAAAUACAAAUGAGCCAUUCGAAUAAUUA